UUAAACUUGAAUAUUUUUAAAUCGUUCUUUUAUUAUUUCUGCUCUAAAUAAAUAUUCUAUUUUUCUGAAUGAGCCAGACUAAGUGAUCAAAGUAUAUAUUUUUCUUUUCUGAACAAGGGGCUAAAAUAACUAGAUCGCACACUUUUUAUUUGGACUAACUUUUCUGCAAAGAUGUCUAAUAGAACCUGUACACCGGGAAAUUUUCCAUGCAAAGACCAGAGUUAUAUUUAUAUGGACAAUCCAGAAGAUAUGUUGAAUCCCUUGUCGAUAAACUCUUCUUUUCUCUCCAUUAUUUUAACUCAUAUGAUAACUUUCAUCGUUGGAGUAACCGGAAAUAGUAUCGUGAUAGCUACCUGGACCGGGAUGAGACCUUCGAGAUCCUAUACUUGCACAUUUUUAGUGAGUCUGGCGGUAUCCGACUUACUCCUACUUCUCAUUUAUUUCCCGUUAGAAACUAUUGAAUAUUUUGUCAUAACGUGGGACACAGAUGGUGGAAUAUGUAAAGUCAGCUCCUAUUUUGAAAUGUUAUCUAGUAUGGCAGCUGUACUUAAUUUAACAGCAGUGAGCUUUGAAAGAUUUAUAGUUAUCAUUUUCCCGAUGAGAGCUCGACGUCUUUGCACUCUUAGUACGUGCAGAAAAGGUUUAUUUAUUGUUUGGUUGUUGGCUGUGUUAUUUUCUAUUCCAGUCCUACUCACUAAAAAAAUAUAUCCUAUAACUUAUUACAACAAUUACACAAGCAUAACUGCUUAUUACUGUUUCGAUUCCGAUGAUUAUUUAGCAUUUUGCGUAGCAGUGUAUCAAUUGGUAUCAAUUUUUGCAUUGCCCGCCUUUUUUAUGUCUGUAUUCUAUUUCUGGGUCAUACGCGAAUUAUGGAGCAGCACAAAAACUAUAAUAAAUAUAACUAGAACGGCAAACAAUGAAAAUCGUUUGAAUGCCUGCUGCCGGCAUAAUCAGCCUACUACAAGAUUAAAUUCUGCUAGGCAACGAGCUAUAUCUAUUAAAGUGUGCAGUCUACAUCGACAACAAGUGGAAGUGAGGAAAGCCAGACAACAAGUUAUCAAAAUGUUAAUAUUUGUCAUCGUCCUGUUUAUGAUCUGUUGGGGUCCUAGGCUAAUGAUGAAUGUGAUCAUUAAAAAAGGACUAACGAACUUCAAUCACUCGGCAUACAGCGCCAGAAUCGCUUGUAAUUUAUUGUCUUUCGUCCAUUCUGCGCUCAAUCCUUUCGUUUACGGUUUUAUGUCAUCAAAUUUUCGAAAAGUUUUAAUUCGGGCCUGUUCUUCUUACUCUAUUCUGUUUAUUUUUUGCGGUUAUUGUAUGGUCCCGAGGAGUAGGACGGAAACGUUAGAAUUUAGUACUUAUACGACGAGUAUUCGUCGAUCACGAACGAGAAAUUCUCUAGAAUUAACGAGUAGAGGACAGAAAAAUGUCUUAGUAGAUAGAUAUUCGGUAUAA